AUGCAACCAAUAGAUGAGAUUGUUAGUUCAGGUCGCCUGAAACAUUUUGUUGAACAACGUCGUCGAUCAAUUGUAAUUGAUUAUUUAAUUGCAACAUCAACACACGUGUUACGAAGUGUCGGUUGUACUUACUCGAAACUCAAUCAAUUUUUCUGGAUAUGUUCAUUUAUGAUAACAUUUGAUAGCAUGUCUGAUUUUGUUAUAUCAUCAAUUUUACAAUACUAUGCAUAUCCAACACUAACAAAAUUUGAAAUUCGGCUCGAUCGUCAUAUGUUAUUACCUUCUGUAAAACUUUCGUCGAAUGCAACAUUUCAUCAAACUAUUCUCAAUUCAUUAUACAUUCCAUUAAUUAUUGAUUUAUUUAGUCGAAAUCAAACAAAUGAAUUACUAUUGGAAAACAUCAAGAACAGUGUUUACUAUAGGUGA